AUGUCAAUGGAUCUAGUUCAUCGUCAAGAAACGAGCAAUACUAUAGCAGCUAUAAUUGAUGGCUAUGUGAACAAUGUAUACAAUGAACAUGAAAAAGAAGAUCUGCGUAUUUCAACAGUCCCUAUUCUGCAAAAGAAGCUUAAAAAAAUUAAUGAACAACUAAUCUUUUUGCAUGCUGAAAAUCGUCUUCUAUUGAAUUAUCUAAUAUGGUUUGAAAAGAAAAUAAUUCGAAAUUCAGAUCAUGAAAACAGAGAUUCCGAAAAUAUUCUUCUUACAAAUGAGCUCAAAUCGUUUCCUCAUCAAAUUUUAAAGCAUAAAACUAAACAAAUAUUACCAAUUCAGAAGAAAUGUGAAAUUGCUGAAACAACAUUUAAAGUUCUUCUUGGUUAUUCACAAAAAUACAGUAAGAAUGCAACACAAUAUGUCGAUGAAUGCAUCAAUACAAUCGAGACUGAUAAUGAAACAAUAGUACAUUUAGAAUUUGAAUUGAUUGCACUGCAGAGAUUUAUUCAAAAAAUGCAUCAAAAUCUACGUAAUACUCAAAAACAAUUCACAGCCGAAGAAUUUUUCGCGUAUGUUCAUGAUCGAAUUCGUUAUCGAAAACGACAAAAAACAGUUCGUCUUCAUUUUCAUCUUAAUGGUAUGGAGAAAUCAAUUCGAAAAGUUAGAUCUACAAAUGUUGCUAAUUUUAUUUUAUAUUAUAAGAAAUUGCAGAUUCGUCAAGUAGUUGACGCAGUAACAGAUAUUGACUUUGAACAAUUAAAAAUUGAUAUAGAAAAACAAUUGAAAGAAUUAAAUAUGAAAAAUAAAAUGCUUAUAUUUUAUAAACGACAACAAUCUGAAGCAAAUCUGAAGCUAAAUGCAAAAAAGCCGGAGUUAUUUAAAGCAAUUCGUGCACUUGCAUCAAUCCGUAAUGAAAUUAAUAAAGCCAUUCAACAACUAAAUCACUAUCAUGAAUUGGAAUGUAAAAUGCAAGAUGAAAUUCUUGAAUAUGAAAAAAUUAAUGAUCCUCUACGCGAAAUGACUCUUUCCUAUCGUGUACCAUCUAUAAUCAAUUAUGUUGAUUUGAAAUCAAAGCAAAUAAAUCUCUAUCGUCAAAUGCAUACAUGGGAGCGGAAAGUACAAAUUGCUGAACGUGAAUUACAUUUACGUCAAAUUGAAUCAAUGAAUUAUCCUGAAAAAAUUAUUCAUCCAUGGAAAUAUCUUCAAAAUCCAUCACCUACUCUAUUUUAUCAACGUUACAAAAUAUACGGUGAUCGAGCAAAUGAACAAAAUGAAAUCGAUAAUACUAUUGAGAAAAAAAAAUCGAAUCGUUCUCUACCGAAAUUAAAUAAUAAGAAAUCAUCGAUAUUUACUAUUAUAUGA